AUGGAUUUAAAACUGAUGGAGCAUCAUGAGCAUCAUUUCCCUACUUAUGAGAGUCGCUUUAAUUGCCUGAUUUCACCACCACAAGGCUAUAAGGUCAGCAGACUGUCCUUUCUUUCAUUUUUUUCGCCAUCUCAUCACCUUAAUUUUAUUAUGUCUCUGAGCUACAAAGUUGCUGGAGUUGGGUCACAUCAUAAGGGAAUGAUGAUUUUCAUCUUGGAGCUUGACUAUACCCUCUAUUUUCCUCUGAUAAUCAGCUCGCCUCCGGGCGUUUACCUGCAACCUUUUUUCGUAAGUCAAGAUAGCUCCUGUUGUCUGGUGCUCGUAUGCUGGGAUAGACACUGA